UGUAAUUAUGAUUACUCCCACCCUGCGGCAUGUUCAAAUAUAGAGGCAACCUAGGCAACCACCUGGGGCACCCAAAUCUAAGGGCUGCAUCCCUCAGCUACGUGCACGCCUUGUGGAAAAGAGCCACUGCCUGCCCUCUCGGGAGGAAGUACACACAGAAAAGGCACGUGAGCGGCUUGUGGGCUGCUGCUCGGCCCAGAUUCAUUCGUAAAGCGGGGAAAAGUAAAGAAGCGAUCGAUUAAAAAAAAAUGAAAAUGAGACUGUAAUAUCCUCGCCCGUUAUUGAUAAUUUAACCUAUUGGUUUGCUGCUCCUUAUACACUGAGAAGCGAAGAGGUGAGGCAAAACAAAUUCGAGGUGGCCGUUGCCGCCCAAAACGGCGACGCCUCCACUCCAGCACUUUGCACACCCUCAGGUGCAUUACCUAUCCCACGGCAUAGCCGUGGCACGGGAGGAGAGGGAAAGAGAAGCACGCUUCUUCUGGGACUGAGCUUUCUUGGGCGAGAGCAGCUCCCUCCUUCCAAAUGAGGGGAAGAGGGCGGUAAAGAGUUAAACCGCUCUGCCCGAGUUGUUGAAAUGUGAGUCCCUCUCCGCAAAGGAGGCUGGAACAAGCUGCGAAGGCACUGGGAUAGGGCGCUCUGCCUGUUCCCUUUCUGCCCCAUACGGUGGGCAAGGCGAACAAAAAGGGGGCUCCACGCCGAGAUCGGGACCGAAGCGGAGGACAGUCUCACUCAGCCAUGAUUUGCGGCAGAAAGAAAAACCCAUAUUUGGAAAAUCAGCGCCACCAACAACAGCUUUCAGCCCAGCCAUGUGGAGGAGUUGCCAAACUCUCGGGGCACCGCGCCUUCAAAAAACUCGGACUGACAGAUGAUGAAGACAUCAAGGUGAUGCUGAAGGGGACACCCUUCUGGAAAGUCAAGGCCCACCAACCACAGAAGCAAAGACUGUAUCGGCUGCAGGAAGAUGGGAUGACCAUCUGGUUUGAGACCCGUUUUAAAAAGGCAUACUCAAAACAUGUCUUCUCCAUCCUGCACAUCGAAAGUGUGCGUGAAGGCUAUCAAUCAGAGGGGCUUCGGAAAUUCGGCAGCUCUUUCCCUGAGGAGCAGUGCUUUACCAUUGUCUUCAGGGGCAAGCGGAAAAAUCUGGACCUAGCCGCCCGAACUGUAGAUGAAGCUCAACGGUGGGUGAGAGGUCUCACAAAACUGGUGGCCAGAGGUGAUGCCAUGAGCCAGCGGGAAAAGCUCGAGCACUGGAUCCAUGACAUCCUACACCAGGCUGACAAGAACAAAGACAAUAAGAUGAGUUUCAAAGAGAUCAAAAACAUGUUGCGCAUGAUAAACAUAGACAUGAAUGACAUCUAUGCCUACAGGCUCUUCAAGGAGUGUGACAGAUCCAACAAUGACCGCUUGGAGGAAUAUGAGAUUGAGGAGUUCUGCACACGCCUAAUGGCGCGGCCUGAGCUGGAGGAAAUCUUCCGCCAUUACUCGGGUGAGGACUGUGUGCUGUCACCUGAGGAAUUGCAGGAAUUUCUCCGUGACCAGGGUGAGGAAGCCAGCUUGCAGCAGGCUCGUGACAUCAUCCAGACUUAUGAGCUGAAUGAGAAAGCCCGGCAGCACCACCUCAUGAUGCUGGAUGGCUUCAUGAUGUACCUGCUGUCCUCGGCCGGAAACAUCCUCAACCAGGCCCACGCAGGGAUCUACCAGGACAUGAGCCAGCCGCUGUGCCAUUACUUCAUCUCCUCCUCCCAUAACACCUACCUGACGGACAACCAGAUUGGAGGCCCCAGUAGCACUGAGGCUUACAUCCGGGCUUUGAUGAAAGGGUGCCGAUGUGUGGAGCUCGACUGCUGGGAGGGGUCUAAUGGGGAACCCAUCAUCUACCACGGCCACACCCUCACCUCCAAGAUCCUCUUCCGGGAUGUAAUUGAAAGCAUCCGGGACUAUGCAUUCAAGCAUUCCUCCUAUCCUGUCAUUCUCUCCCUGGAAAACCACUGUGGUCCAGAACAGCAAUCCAAAAUGGCCCAACACAUGAAGACUAUUUUAGGGGACAUGCUUUUGACCCAACCACUGGAUGGAGACACACCCAAACAGCUCCCAUCACCAGAGCAGUUAAAAUGGAAGAUACUGGUAAAGGGAAAGAAGCUGUCCGAGGACAAGAGUAACCUUGAAAAAGUGAGUGAUGGAAAUCCUGAGGAGGAAAUGCAAGAGGAAGUAGACGAGAAGUCUAUCCAAGAGAUCAAACCAUUACCAGCAAAGGAUGCUGUGCAGAUUUCGCAGGAGCUCUCUGAUGUGGUUGUGUACUGCCAGGCUGUCCCAUUCAAAAGCCUGUCUCAAGCCCUACACCACCAGCAGCCUACUGAGAUGUCGUCUUUCAGUGAGCGGAAAGCCAGGAAACUAAUCAAGGAAUCAGGAAACCAUUUUGUCCGGUACAAUGCUCGGCAUCUCAGCCGCAUCUACCCGCUGGGUCUCAAGAUGAACUCCUCCAACUACAACCCUCAGGAAAUGUGGAAUGCUGGCUGCCAGCUUGUGACACUUAAUUUCCAGACGCCAGGUGUGGAGAUGGACCUGAAUGAUGGGCGCUUUUUGGUGAAUGGGUGUUGUGGCUAUGUGCUGAAACCUGCUUUCCUGCGCAACAGUCAGAGCACUUUUGAUCCUGAAGCUCCUAGUCGUCGAACUGGCCAGCGCCCAGUUGCCCUAACUAUCAAGGUUAUCACAGCUCAGCAGCUGCCAAAACUGAACAAAGAAAAGAAAUCAUCCAUCGUGGACCCCUUUGUGCGUAUCGAGAUCUACGGAGUCCCUGUGGAUUGCUGCAAGAAGCAAACUGAGUACCUGUUAAACAAUGGAUUCAAUCCACGUUGGAAUGAGACACUGACAUUCCAGGUGCGGGUUCCAGAGCUGGCGCUGGUGCGCUUUGUAGUGGAGGAUUAUGACACGACUUCCUCCAACGACUUUGUGGGGCAGUUCACUCUGCCAUUGCCCAGCCUAAAGGAAGGAUACCGACACAUCCACCUGCUCUCCAGGGAUGGUACCUCUCUGUCCCCAGCCACGCUUUUUGUGCACAUCAAAUACAAGAAAAUGUGAAAGUGGACUAACAAGAAUCGAAAGUCAAAUCCAGCCCAUGAAGAAUGGAUGAGCGGCCGCAUUGAUUCAGAAUACUAGCUGCUUCUGAACCAGAUGUGUGUAUCUGAGCCACACAGCGGAAGCCGCAUGACUGACACAAGGUCUGGGCUGCAACAGGGGUAUGAAGUCAACCCUCUCUUGGAGAUUCCAACUCCCAUUAGGGUUAGAGGACUGAGAAACUUUUGUGCUAUUGAAGAGCCAAGCCAUGUAGCAACUCAUAGAAUUCCUCUUCUGAACAGGAUUUUUAGUGGGAGGAGUGGGUUCCAACUCAUGCCCUUCCCAAUUAUGGUUUGGGGAGGGCCCACAUGGUUGGGAGAUCCUUCCUCAAGUUUCUGACAGCCAUGCAACUCUUAUAUGAAGUAGUGAGUGAAAGGAGUUAUUAAACUAUAUUGCAUACUUCUUGGGUAUGUUCAGAAACUGGGAAUUUGAGAAUGAAGUGAGGGUUGAGGGUUGUGAGAAAGUCCAGUGGAUGGAUCCAGCAUGAGCAUUCUGGUAUGGGUCUAAGCCACAGAGGACGCAAGCCACAGAUUAAACUGAGGAACUUCAGCUAAUCUGUCGGUGACAAAAUGGGUUUGCAAUCUGGCUGAAAUCAUUGUCAGCCCAGCAAAACGCUUUGGUAGGAUGCUAACUUGGGUGUGUAGGAAACAAGCCAUCAGCCCUCCUCAAGUGGCAGUCAGCUUACAAAGCCAGUUCACAAAUUGCUGCCCUGGCAACAUAUUUCAGCUAAGAAAUUCUUAUGCUAGCAGAUCAUCUAUUAAAAUCACAAGAGCUGUACAACUAAUGUGAAAAGCCUAUACCCCACCUCAGCUAAGGAAUUAGCUUCUUCAACUGCUCUGACAGACUAAUAUUUUCAAUGUAAUGUUGAAUUUGAAUUAUUCCAAAAGAGCAUGCCCAAACUAGUAUUAACUAAUCACUAGCCUCUCAGAGUAGUGCUGUAUAUAUUUGUUCAAUUCUCUUGAGCAUUAGCAAUUACUUAUGGAAUGAUUUUUUUUAAUAUCACAGGUAUACAGGAGGGCAGUAUAUUAGAGUAUCUAAAGAGUUCACAUACACAUUCCCAUACCCUUUUUUGUUGGUAGCAAUAUAUGUUUAGAAGCUAGGCUCCAAGUACUAUGCAACUGGUUCUUUAGAGAUCUCUGUAAUGUCCCUAAAGAUGAAAUAGGCCUACCACCUUCGCUGCAGCUUUUCCCCUUGGCUAAUUUGAAAAGGGCAUAUUAACACACCUAAAUUCAGUGUUUUUGUUUGUCCAAAAUACAUGCUUUAAAAGCUGGGAUUGGUAGUUCAAACUGGCCAUUUUGCCAGAACUGCCCUAGGGCUAGUCUUGGCCCAUCACUCACCCCUGCCCCUUCUAGUGACUUCUGAGAGCUUUUUGGAUCUAGCUACUUAUAGCUGUGUUCAGAUGGAAAGGAAAGCCAACAGAGCACAAGUUCCGUCCUGACAAGUCACUAGUCUAUUUCAUUACAGAGAGAAAGACAGAGGCUAGAAAGACAUAGUACAUCUGUGGUCACUACCUGAAGCAUCAGCACCACAUCCCCUCUUCUCAGUAAUAUCUGCUAGUACAAAAUGUAACAUUAUGGCUUUGCCUGUUUGCCUUUGUCCCCCUCUUCCAGUAGCAGCUAAUGAUGUGGAGGAAAGGGGAAAUGUAGGGCAACGAGAAUAUCCUGCAUUGAGGAUUUUAUUUAUUAUGAGAAACAAGGGGAGACAACUGAUGACGUGGGGCUGCCUUUUUCAGUGGCAGCCCCACACAUGCCCUACUAAAGGAGGGUACAAUUGGAGUUUUCAAAAGGGGGAAACUAAGUCUUGUAUUCAACAUAUCUCCCAAGAAGCAGGAGGGUGAUGAUGGAAGUUAUAAUCCAACAAUGCCUGGAGGACACCUCAUUGGCUGCCCGCGCAACAGGAGUUUUAGGGAUUGGGUGGCAAGUGAAAGUAAUUUACGUAGGGCAGUACAAUAAAAUGCUUUUUCAGGAGAGCCAUAGAACAGCUCCUUACUAGAGACUGUUUAAAGAAUCAAAGGAGCUUCUGUCAGAAAUGGAUUUAGACGUUUUGAUGUAUAGGGUCUAAUCCCAUCUCUAGAAUGCUGUUCAUUCUUUGAAAACUGUCCAGCACUAGAUUAACCCAAUGCUUUGCUAGGGAGGUUUUUUUUCCUGGAUCAUAAUCAAACUGUGAACCAAUCAGAGUUUACAAAUCCACACUUUGCACACUCCACAAAUUUUACAAGCAGCACUGGGGUGAUUUCACGAUCAUCUCUCUCUCUUCUUUGAUAGCAUAAAGAAAGAAGAUCCCAAGAACCAGAGUCACUUUCUAGAACUUUAAAAGCUUCUAUAUAUUAAAGAGAGUUUAUAAUGUAUUGAAUAGUUAUAUUUUAUCAAAAUGCUAAUGUCACUGAAAUAUCAAAGUUCCAUGGAACACAGAUGGUGUGUUUAAACAUCAACAGAAAAUAGAGCUAAUCUUUACCAUUAAUGGAGUUGAAAGUAAUAGCAAUGGGGCUCAGGGCAGGGAAGUGUCUGAAUAAUGUUUGUAUAAGAAAGUUCAUUUCAGAAUAUGGAAUCUAGUUUAUAAAAUCAAUCUUUCAACAUUUAAUAUUUAACUUCUGAGUAAUCUUUUUGGGGGUAGGUGUUCGAUUUUGGAUCAUGCUUGUGGAUGUAGCCAUUUUUAUGACAAUACACAAUUUCAGGCUAACCACUAGUGUUUGAAAGUUGUAAGUGUUUAAGCUUGAGUUUUCCCCAAGCUGUACAGGACUGUAAUAUUCUGAGCCCCCUUCCCCAUUUAUAAAGAGAGAUAUGCUAAUGAUACUUGGUAUAUCUCCUGGGUUCUUUUUAAUUUAAGUGUAGCUGAAUUGUAUUUUCAGAGAAUACCCCUCACAUUUUCUUACACAAAUGUGGAAGAUAAAAUACAACUUUUAGCCAACUGUAGGCCUCUCCCUGCUCAUGACAAUGUGUCUUUCAAAAUGUCCUUUCUGCCAAGGGCAAUCACAUUGUCACAUGAUGCAGCAAGAAGGAUCAACAGCUGCUUUUUCCCCCCUAGAGAGAAUUAGAAGCCAACUUUAUUCCCAUAACCAAACAGGUUAACUUUUAGGGUUCCAAGGAAUGGCAACUUUUAUUCCAGAGUGUGCCACAUGGCAGACUUUAACAACUAGGAUUUCCUUCCCUUGGGAACACUGUGCAGAAUCGACAUUGAAGGCACUGCCUAGGAAAGAGGGAAUGACUCCUCCAUCCCAAGUGGUCUCCUCUUUACCAAGGUUCUGGCUACACAUUACACUUGCCAUCUGACUGACUGCUGAGAAGUCUUAAAGCCCCCACACGUCACUCACUCUGUUGUUCACUCUCUCACAUACACAUCAGGCAGAGAAAGGUGGACAAUUGAAAUCACACAACAGAACAGGUACUACCAUUAGCUGCUCGUCUCUCUGGGCAAAUUCCAUGCUUUCCUUCCCCCUGCCCUCUGUCAACUCCUAAGCGGUCGGGGCAACAUGAAACAAAAUGUUGGACACAUUGUGAUUCAGGAUCACCACCCCCUUCAAGUAUUUUUUAACAUUUUUUUAAAGGGGGUGCAACUAUCUCAGUGUGGCACCAAGGAGAAGAUAAAGGGAGCUACACAACUCCUUCAGUAUGUUUGUGAUUCCCUUUCCCCUCCAGAAUGUCACAAAAUAGUUUGCAGUGUGAUGCUUGUUGACCUAAUAAAAGUAUUGUCCUACCAUGAA